CCAGCAUCUGAGCAGCAGAGGGGGCUGUGGGAUUUGUCGGCCAGGAACUAGAGUUCUGGCCCCAGCACACACAGGUCCACGAGUUUGCACGAGGUGCGGCCCGAUGGCCAUGGUGCCUUUUGUCAUGUGCAGCGCCACCAGCCACUGUCUGGGCCCCAGCACGCAACUGUCCAGCUUGGUCUCCCUACGUGGACACAAGAGCCCAGGCCCAUGGGCCUUUGGGUGGUCCAUCUGUAGCUCCGACUGCCGGGGGGCGUGCCCUCACCUGCUCGAUCACUCCCAGUUCUAGGGGUGCACGUAGCGGGAGGCAGGGAACCGGGCUGGUCCCCCCCCUUCCCCGCACGUACCAGGGGUUCCUGAGGCCUUGGCGUUCCCACGGCCUGCAGCCCCACUGCCUGCUCAGGUUUCAGCCCCUGGCAGCUGAGCCAGCCCUGGCCAGCCAGACCCUCCAGCAGCUGUCUGGUUGGCACCAGGCUCCUGCCUUCGGGCCCUCAUCCUUCAUGGGCACAGCAGCCCAGUCUGGCUGCCCCAGACCUGCCCCAGACCUGUCCCCUGCAGCCUCUGCCUGAUGCCAGCCCUAGGCCUGCACACCUGGCCCCACCCCGAGAUCCCUGGCAUGAGGCUGUUUGCACUCCAUGGUGUGGGGGCAGCAUGUUACCAGCCCCUACGACAGAGUACUUACUCCAGCAUUUCUGGGGCUCCUCUGCCUUAUGCUUGGGGUUCAGGGUGGCUGCUGGUCGGCAGGCCCCGUUCUGUCACCAGGGUGGGGGCUGGAGAGCUCCUCUUUUUCCCCCUUUUGCUCUGUUUCCUUCACUGGUCAGCUGGAUACACGAGGGUCACUGUCACCAUGGGUCACAUGAACUCUCCACACCCACACAGCAGAUUUGUGCAACUCCUGCCCUCUCCCAUACCAGCUCUGUCUUCAGACCUGGUCCAGCCUGGUCAUUCCUUCCAUACCUCUGAGAGCCUGGGAUGGCAGCCGGCCCUGGCUGGGAGCUGCAGACUCUGAGGGGUGCACCGGCCCCACACCUUCUGUCAGGGUUACAAUGCUCAAGGGCAGAAUGUGGACCGUGUGUCCAGAGCUGGCCAUCAGCGCCUCCCUACACCCACUGUGUCCUGGGUUGCUGGCCCUAUGCCUGGGACCCCACUGUUGUGGGGAGAGGUGAGGUGGGCACACAGAUAGAUCUGAGAGGCCCUUCCUGCUGCCUUGGGGGUCUGGGGACAGCCGUGCAUGUAGGAGGGAACAGCUGCAUCCCCCCAUUCCCCUCCUUAGAGGCCCUGGGCAGCUGGAGAAGGCAGGGCCCCCUGGGUCUGCCCGACAGCUGGUCCAUUCCUGGCGUGCUGGCCAUCCAGGAACAGGGGCCCUGGAUUCCAGCCUGUGGGGAAUCUGGGGGGGCUUCCUGUCCCCAACCCAAGAGGACCCUGCCCACAGUCCUGCCAGAAUUCAGGAGUCCUUUCUUUCAAGAUUCUUUCAGCCCCAGAACCACUCCCCUGAACUGCAGCACUGGUACGGUAGCCCCACUGUGCCAGGAUCCCCUCCUCUGUCCACCAAGGUGGAGGCCUCAGCACCAGUCAACAUUCAGCUAGGCCUGGCCACCUGUUAGGACUGGCUCCACCGCCACCAUGCUGACUGGGGUUUUUAGGGGCCCGGAGAGGCCACCAGCUCCAUCCCCAGUGGAGGGGGGGGGCAUCUGCAGUCCACAUCCCUGGGAAACGCCUCAGCCAGGCCUGAUGGUCUGCCCUCCUCAGUGUUAGCGAGGCCACACUCUGCCUCUCAGCUCCCGGGCAGAUGCAGGGCAGGUGACCCUGUGUGUUCUUAGGGUAUCCAGAUGGCUCUGAGGGUUCUGACCUUAAGGGUGGGUCAGGGUGAGCUUGGGUAUCCCUGGGGCCCUCCUCCAGGAAGACCGGCCUGGCUUGGCAUGGGGGCACAGAGUGUGUGGGCAGGAGUCCAAAAGCAAGAUGCCUUUCUCCCUGCUUAGAGCGCUCCGGGGCUGAGGCUUUGUCUGAACCCUGAUGUUCUCACCCCCAAGAUGGUCCGAGCCCUGCCCUUGGGAAGGGGGUGGGGCAGGAAAAGAGCAUAAGCUGCACAGAUGCUGAGUGCCAGGAGCUGGCCCUGUCCACCUCAUGGCACCCACCACAGCCACCAGCCCCACAGCCUCUGCUACCUGAGGGGCACUGUGCCUGUGGGCAUCCAGGGGCCAGGAUGUGGGGCCGAGGCCCUGGUGUGUGGGGCCCUGGCUCGAGUUUGGCCCCGCUGGAUGUGAAGGGGUGAAGGGCUGUGGCCAGGGCAAUGGGUCACUGUCUGGGUGUUGUGUCUGCCCGGGGGCCUCUGAGUGGACAGCUCAGCCUUUCUGAACCCCGCUUAGAGCCCUGAGAGAGAGGGCAUUUUCCCAGGCCCACAUGGAGCUUGCCAGGGAGGCCCAGCCUAGUCCUGUGCCCCCCCGAGGCUGUGACCAGGACCCCUGCAGAGUGGGCAGGUUGGCACGCGGCAGGAGCCUGCCCUUACCUGGAAGCAGCUUGUGCCUGGCCGGUGUGGCAGCAGUGUGGCCAUCUGUCAGCCAGCAGUGUGCAGCCCCAGGCCAAGGGCCUGGCCCCCUCCCCUCCAUCUGUACCCUGGGUCCCGUGGGGCAGUGUGGAGGAGGGUCUGUGGGUGGGGGCUUGGGGUCAGCGUGCUGAGGGCGGCACCCAGGGAGGCUACCCUGACCUGGAUGCUCUUGCAGUGUGCGCGCUGCCGAUGGAGCUGACAGGCUGCAGGAUGGGAACGAAGCCCGGCCCUAGGGCCGGGAAGGCCCAGGUGCCCACAGGCCCACUCCUCAGCCUGGGCCAGGCACCCCCCAGAAUGCCCUCAGCUCUCCAAGGCCACUGUCCCCACCCCACAACGUGCCCCUCCCCAGAUUUCAGUCCUAGUGGAAGAGAGAAAGCUGUAGCAGAAGCCAGGGACCAGGUAGCCAGAGAAGGGCCGCCAGGGUCCCGGGGCCUGUGACCAGAAAGGAGAGAGAGGUGUGCCAAGGGUCGCACUUUCCAGCCCUGGGAGGAAGCCUGUGCAGGUGAGCGGGAGCUGCCCCAUGCCCUCUCGGGCUGACCACCCCUGACCAGCCUUCCCUGUGCUCCCUGAGGUGCCCCAUGUGAACCAGUGACCGUGAUAAACUGCCCACCGGGCAGCAUGGGCCCUCACUCUGCAGGGUGGUGCUGCGACAGUGGGUCCCUGCGGCAAGGGCAGUUUUAAACAGGACAGCUGCUGGAUGAGCACCGCCCUGGCAGCCUGGGCCUCCUCUGAUGCAGCAGACAUUUCACGGUCAUCCAUGCCCGCCAAGAGCUGGCAAACCACAUGAAGACCAAGGCAGUCCAGGCCACCUCUGCCCGUCCUCACCACUCAGCUGUCCCUAUUCUUCACUGGCAGGGGCAGCGCCAGGGUCUGGACCCCAGUCCCACAUCCCGGGGACCCUUGACCUGUCCUGGGGGGGCCCUGGGGCGUCCGGCACCCUGCAUCCCUGGCGCCAUCCGCGGGCACGAGGCCGCGUGCGGAGAGCCUGGGUCAUCCCGCCCAUCAGCGUGUCGGAGAACUACAAGGGGCUGCCCUACAUGUUGGUGCAGCUCCUGCUGCCCACAGAUCAGGUCGGACAAGCGGCAGCCGGGUGGAGUCAUCUACAGCAUCCAGGGCCCCGGUGUGGAUGAGGAGCCCCUCGGCCUCUUCUCUGUGGAGAAGUUCUCAGGACGGGUGUUCCUCAAUGCGGAGCUGGACCGGGAGAAGACGGCCUCCUACAGGCUCAAGGUCUUUGCCCUGGACCUGGGAGGAUCCAUCCUAGAGGAGCCCACGGACCUGGAGAUUGUGGUUGUGGACCAGAAUGACAACCGGCCGGCCUUUGUGCAGGAAGUUUUCUCCGGCCGAGUGCUGGAGGGAGCGGCCCCAGGCACCUAUGUGACCAGGGCCGAGGCCACUGAUGCUGACGACCCCGACACAGACAACGCAGCACUCCACUACUCCAUCCUGGAGCAGGGCAGCCCCGAGCUCUUCAGCAUCCACGCGCGCACAGGGGAGAUUCGCACCGUGCACGUGGGGCUGGACCGAGAGGUGGUCACCAUGUACAACCUGACGCUGCAGGUGGCAGACAUGUCCGGAGAAGGCCUCACUGCCACAGCCUCAGCCAUCAUCUCCGUGGAUGACAUCAAUGACAACGCCCCCGAGUUCACCAAGGACAAGUUCUCUAUGGAGGCCACAGAGGCUGUCAGUGGGGUGGACGUGGGACGGAUGGAGGUGGAGGACCAGGACCUGCCUGGUUCCCCCAACUGGGUGGCCAACUUCACCAUCCUGGAGGGUGACCCCAAUGGACACUUUGACAUCCGAACGGACCCCAGGACCAACGAGGGUGUGCUGUCAGUGGUGAAGCCCCUGGACUACGAGAGCUGUGCACACUAUGAGCUCAGGGUGUCUGUGCAGAAUGAGGCCCCACUGCAGGCAGCCCCAUCCCGCUCCCAGCAGGGCCAGGCCAGGCUUAGCGUCUGGGUGCAGGACAUCAAUGAGGCGCCUGUGUUCCCUGAGAACCCUCUGAGAACCAGCCUGGCCGAGGGGGCCCCCCCAGGGACCUUUGUGGCCACCUUCUCUGCACAAGAUCCAGAUGUGGAACAGCUGCAGAGGGUCAGCUACUCCAAGGACUAUGACCCUGAGGACUGGCUGCAGGUGGACGGAGCCACUGGCCAGAUCCAGACGCAGAGAGUGUUGAGCCCCACUUCCCCCUUCCUAAAGGACGGCUGGUACAGGGCCAUCGUCCUGGCCCUGGACGAUGGCUCGCCGCCGCGCACGGCCACCGGCACGCUGUCUGUGGAGAUCCUGGAGGUGAACGACCACGCGCCCGCUCUGGCGCCGCCGCCGGCCCUCAGCCUGUGCAGCGAGCCAGACCGCGGCCCGGGGCUGCUGCUGGGCGCCACCGACCAGGAUCUGCCACCCCACGGGGCGCCCUUCCGCUUCCACUUGAGCCCUGCAGAGCCUGCACUGGACCUCAACUGGAGCCUCAGCUACGUCAACGGGACCCACGCACGUCUGCGUCCGCGGCACACGCUUUCCGAGGGUCUGCACCGCCUCCGCCUGCUGCUCCAGGACUCGGGGCAGCCGCCGCAGGAACGCGAGCAGCUGCUGAACGUCACCGUGUGUCGCUGCGGAGCCAGCGGGGCCUGCCUGCCUGGGACCGCGGCGCUCAGGGCGGGGGGCGCCGGCGUCGGUCUGGGCGCGCUAGCGCUGGUGCUGGGGAGCGCGGCGGCGCUGCUGCUGCUGGUUCUACUCGUGCUGCUCAGAGCGCGGUUCCGGCAGCCGUCGCGGGACAAGAGUCUGUUGCGAGGUCUGCAGGACGACGACCUUCGGGACAACAUCCUCUGCUACAACGAGCAGGGCGGCGGGGAGGAGGACCAGGACGCCUACGAUUUAAACCAGCUGCGCCACCCCUCGGAGCUGGCGGUGCUGAGCUUCCCCCCCGGCCGGCCGCUCCUGCGCCGCGAGGCCCCCCUGAGCCGCGGGCGCCCCCAGGCGCCUCGCGCGCUACCCGCCAGCCCCGCAGACAUCGCCAGCUUCAUCCGCGACGGCCUGCAGGCUGCGGACAGCGACCCCAGCGUGCCGCCCUACGACACGGCUCUCAUCUAUGACUACGAGGGGGAUGGCUCCGUGGCAGGGACACUGAGCUCGCCCGUGUCCAGCCUGGGAGACGAGGACCAGGACUACGACUACCUUCAGGACUGGGGUCCACGCUUCGCCAGGCUGGCGGACAUGUACGGACACCCGUGAGGCUGGGGCUGGGCGGGCCGUGAGAGGUGCUAUCUGGACGCAGCUACCUGGCAGCGUCCUGGCUGCCAGGACGGAAAAGCCAGGCGUAGGUGGCAGCCAGUCGGGGCAGCUGUGUGGGACAAGCGAGAGCCGGCUGUGCAGGAGGCGCCCGCCUUUGCUGCCCCCUGGUGGAUGCGCUUCUGCAUGACACCAGGGGCCCCAAGUGUGAAUCUGAUUUAAAAACAAAAACAAAAACAAAAAC